AUGGUGGCCCAGCUGGCCAGGGUCCGGUGGGGCGCUCUCUUUGCUGCUGCCCAGAAGGGCCCGCGGGUCUCCUGGCGGAGGUGGGCUGGCGCCUCGGCGAACAACGUGUACGAUGUGGUGGUGUCAGGGGGAGGCCUGGUAGGCGCCGCUAUGGCUUGUGCCUUAGGACAUGAUAUUCACUUUUGUGACAAGAAAAUCCUGUUGUUAGAAGCAGGUCCAAAGAAAGUAAUGGGGAAAUUGCCAGAAACUUACAGCAACAGGGUCAGCUCCAUCUCCCCUGGCUCUGCAACCCUUCUCAGUAGUUUUGGUGCCUGGGACCACAUCUGCAACAUGAGAUAUAGAGCCUUUCGGCGAAUGCAGGUGUGGGAUGCCUGCUCAGAGGCCCUGAUAAUGUUCGAUAAGGAUAAUUUAGAUGACAUGGGCUAUAUAGUGGAGAAUGAUGUCAUCAUGCAUGCUCUCACUAAGCAGCUGGAGGCUGUGUCAGACCGAGUGACCGUUCUCUACAAGAGCAAAGCAGUCAGCUAUACCUGGCCGUAUCCAUUUUCCAUGGCAGACUCCAGCCCUUGGGUUCAUAUUACCUUAGGUGAUGGCAGAACCCUCCAGACCAAAUUGUUGAUUGGUGCAGACGGUCACAACUCAGGAGUUCGGCAGGCUGCGGGAAUCCGGAAUGUUAGCUGGAACUAUGACCAAUCCGCUCUCGUGGCUACUCUGCAUUUAUCGGAGGCCACUGAAAACAAUGUAGCUUGGCAGAGAUUUCUCCCCUCUGGGCCCAUUGCUCUGCUUCCGCUCUCAGACACUCUGAGUUCCUUGGUUUGGUCCACAUCCCAUGAACAUGCAGCAGAGCUGGUCAGCAUGGAGGAGGAGGAGUUUGUGGAUGCCAUUAACUCCGCCUUUUGGAGUGAUGUGAACCACACAGACUUCAUCGACUCAGUUGGCUCCAUGCUGCAGUCUGCAGUUGCCUUUCUGAAGCCCACUAGAGUCUCAGCUCGCCAGCUGCCCCCCAGUGUAGCCAGGGUGGACGCCAAAAGCCGAGUCCUGUUUCCUCUUGGGUUGGGACAUGCCGCCGAGUACGUCCGGCCUCGGCUGGCCCUCAUUGGGGAUGCAGCCCACAGGGUCCAUCCACUUGCAGGACAAGGUGUCAACAUGGGCUUUGGGGAUAUCUCCAGCUUGCUCCAUCACCUCAGUACUGCAGCCUUCAAUGGCAGAGACUUAGGCUCCAUGAGCCACCUCACAAGUUAUGAAACAGACCGACAGCGCCACAACACUGCUCUUCUGGCUGCUACGGACCUACUGAAAAGGCUCUAUUCCACCAGGGCCACCCCCCUCGUGCUGCUCAGGACCUGGGGCUUGCAGGCUACAAAUGCAGUGUCUCCACUCAAAGAACAGAUUAUGGCCUUCGCAAGCAAAUGA